CCUCUGAAAGAAUCCCUCCCUUACCCGUGGGAGAGCCGGCGACUUAGGAGCCGGAGGGCCCGCAGGGCGAGGGGAGAGGGGUCUGCACGCGGAUGCUUCCCAGAAGCCAGCGGACCGCGACACGGCGGCGACGGUCCCCAGAGCAGCCCGGCCGAGCCCCGCCCACCGCUCCCCACCCCCUAAGGACGCGCCUCUCCCCCAGCCCGGCCCUUCGUAGGAGGGGAGGCGGGAAAACAGAGAAAGCCUCUCCCACCGCCCUGCCCUAGCCCCGCCACUCGCAGCUCCUCCAGACUCGGCUCGUCCUCGGGGUAUCGUCUCAGAGGGGACUGCGCUGUGCAGAUGGUGAGGAUGACUAAAUGAUCUAGAGUUGGGAAGCAGCAGAGAGAGGAGGCUCAGGAGUCCCCCAGCUAAGAGUGCCGGCUUCUCCAGAGCCCUGUUCCAAGGAGCCAGGCCCUCAGGCAUCCCAGGCAAGGAUCCCGGGACUCAGAAUGAGGACCUCCCUCCAACAUGCACUUUGAGACGCCAUGGAGGUAGUGCUGAUCUUUCUAUGCAGCCUGUUGGCCCCUGCUGUCCUGGCCAGUGCACCUGAGAAGGAGAAAGAAAAGGAUCCUUUUCAUUAUGACUACCAGACCCUGAGGAUCGGGGGAUUGGUGUUUGCUGUGGUCCUCUUCUCUGUCGGGAUCCUCCUUAUCCUGAGUCGCAGAUGCAAGUGCAGUUUCAAUCAGAAGCCCCGGGCUCCAGGGGACGAGGAAGCCCAGGUGGAGAACCUCAUCACCGCCAAUGCAACGGAGCCCCAGAAAGCAGAGAACUGAAGCGCAGCUCUCAGGUGGGAAGCUUCCAGAACCUGAAGGCAGCUGCUUGAACCUUUAGAUGCAAAUGUUGAUGCUUAAGAAAACCGGCCACUUCAGGAACAGAUCUUUCCCCAGGAGAAACCAAGAACGUGUGUGACCCCUGACCCCUCCCUACCCCCUCGAACACCAGUCCUCAACUUAGUGACACAACUAAUACCCACCUUCCCACCUGCAGCCUGUGGGCUUGGCCACCUCCUGUGACGUGUGUGUGUGUGUGUGUGUGUGUGUGUGUGUGUGUGAUGACUGGUCUUCGUCGCUGCUUGUCUGUGGAUGAUGUUGUAUUAGUGAAGCUGGACUCACGUUCCUGGCCUGGAGCUGAGCCAUGUUGCUGUCAGCUCCUCCUGCUCCCCCACGGCCCCCCAUCCCCGCCCUGCUCCCAGGAGUCUGCCUUUUCCCUGAGAGACCAGUCCCUUCUGUUGAUUUGGGGGUGGGUCUAUGAGUUGGGGGGCAUGGGUAGGAGUCUCCAGUCGUCUUGGGACUUGGGAAGGUUUACAUCACCUUCAUGAUCGUUCUGCAAUGCCCUCUCUCCACUCCUUUUGCAAGAACCUUGCAUCCAUAUUGCUCCCCUGACCCAAGUCUGUUGAGAGGGUCUCUUAGCAAUUGGAGGUUCACAGCAAGGAGCUGAUGAGCCCAGGUAUGCCUCCAGGCAGGUGACACUCCUUCCCUGGUUAUUUUCCUCCUGGGACUUCUACCAUGGAGCCCCCAUCUGCCUUGCCCCAUCGCAGAGCAGAUAGGGUGUCCAGGUCCAGGGCUUGUACUCUGCCCCUGGGGAAUGUGCCCCUUGCAUAUCUUCUCAGCAAUAACCGUGGUCUCUGGAUCCCUACCUCCCUCUCCCACCUUCCCUGCUUCCAAGAUUGAUCUAUAGCCCAGCUCAUCUGGUCUCUGACUCCUGUCCCUGAGUUGGGUCUCUGGCAGGUGAUCCAUUCUGUUGGGGCCAGCAAGAGAGCAUGGGUCCUAUGCUCUUCUGUCCAUGGCCCACUGGUCAGGCGGCAGCCACAGCUCCUGUGCCCUUUGUUACACCUGUCACUGGUCAUAGUGGCUAAUGCAGGGGCUGUGCUGCGGGUUAGAUGCCAGGAAGGGCUCCCUGUAGCCCUGCUGCGGAGGGAACAGCAAGAGGUCAAGGUCAUAAAAAGAGUGGAAAGUAAAACCAGACCCCGUCCUGCCCCAUCCCUCCCCGUCCAUCGUGUUCUCGUGUUCUCGUGGAAACUACGUGUGACAGGACUGCUGUCUGUGCUGUGAUCUAUCCUCUAAACAACAACAAGGAAUAAAAUACCAUUGUUUCCUAG